AUCUCAAAGUAGGAGAACGACGUCGUACAUAUGACAAUGAGAAAUAGACAAGUACACAGCAAAACCGUUAAAUCUCUCAUCACAUUCACAUCAGCGGUCAAUAUCGCUCCCAAAUGAGAUAAAAGGUCAAAUAAAGCGAUAUUAAUCUAGUGUGGUGGCCCGCAAAUAAGAACAUACAACGAUUGAUUCCUGCCCCUCCGAACGGCAAAUCCAUUAAUUAAAGGCAAAUCAAGAUAAAUCCCUUUGUUUCCUUCCCAAAACCAAACUCCAUUUCUUACUGCUAAGCAGACCAAACAACAAAAAAAUAAUAUAUAAAUUUCCAGCGGCAAAAUAGAAAAUAAAAAUAAUUGUUUCCAUUUUGAUUCGAAAUGAAGGAAGAUGACUGUCAGCCGACGACAACGGCAACGAAUGUGAAAAAGGAAAGUUCAGAUUCGAGUUUAUUUGGUAAAGGCCGGUACAAGUUCUGGGCAUUAGCGGCUAUUUUAUUGCUGGCUUUUUGGUCUAUGUUCACCGGAACCGUUACUCUCCGGUGGUCAGCCGGUAACCUCAACCGUCUUUCCGAUGAUCUCGGUAGCCCUAUCCACGACGAUCUAGAUGUCCUCGAAAUGGAGGAGAGAGAGAAGGUGGUGAAGCACAUGUGGGAUGUGUACACUAACAGCCGUCGGAUCAGAUUACCGAGGUUUUGGCAACAAGCGUUUGAGGCUGCCUAUAAGGAGUUGACUAGUGAUGUGCCUGGGGCUAGGGAGGCUGCAAUCACUGAGAUCGCUAAGAUGUCCGUACGCUCCGUAGAUCUUGAUCCUCCUCCCAUCCAAUCAACGAGUGUAAGAGAACUGAGCAAGGGUCUAAAACGAGCAGAGAAAGGUAGAUCCAAGGUAACCUCAACUGGAAGUGGUCAAUGAUGUGUGAAGAAUGCUAGAUUUGUGGUUUCAAAUCUUUAUUACACUUUUGUACUCUCAUUUUGCUCGUGUGCUGCCCAAGUUUGUGAGAGGUAUUGGUCGGUAAAACCAUAUACUUGCUUCACAUUUUUCUCACAGGGACAAACUAUGUAUUUAUUUAGUUAGGUCGUCAAUUCUUUUAAAUUUUUGCUGUCAAUAUCUUGUCCUGUGGGUGGUAAAACUGAAACAAUCUUCCUAUCUUAGCCAGAGAAAUUUUGUAAGAGAUUUCUAUUUUGCCUAGAAAUAGUCAAGUGAACAAAAUGGUUUUAAACAAUCUUUUUUAAAUUUGGGAAAGGGAAUUUGAAUUGUGCUCAAAUGCAUUCAUUAACUAUUCAAUCAAAUGCUACAUGCUUUUGACUUUUCAGGCUUUUGA